AUGGUUCAGGUGCCGUUGAGCACCACGGCGUCGAGCUCCGCCGCGCGAGCCUCGCCCGCAAGCGGUACCAACAGCAAUGCGACAUCUACUCGUGGGAAACAGGCUGUGAAUGGGAAUGGGAAUGCGAGUGCGAAUAACCCCGCGGCCGCAACCCUCCCCUUGAGCGCGAUGCACUCCCUUCCUCUGGACUUAACAAGCGUCGAGCGAAGAGGCCAGCCCACAGCGAGUCGAGAGGCCACCAAGAGGAUACGACCGCAUGGCCUGCAAGAGGCCCCGACAUACAAACCUACCGAGGAAGAAUUCAGAGACCCGUUUGAAUACAUGAAGAAGAUUGCUCCUGAGGCUUCGCGAUAUGGUAUCUGCAAGAUCAUCCCGCCGGAUUCUUGGAAACCAGACUUCGCCAUCGAUACUGAGCGUUUUCAUUUUCGCACACGAAAGCAGGAGCUGAACUCGGUCGAAGGCAGUACUCGUGCAAAUCUCACAUAUCUCGACCAACUUGCGAAAUUCCACAAGCAACAUGGGACCAAUCUCAAUCGCUUCCCCAGUGUCGACAAGCGCCCCCUCGAUUUAUACAAACUCAAGAAGGCGGUCGAGACGAGAGGAGGUUUCGAGAAGGUUUGUAAGCUAAAGAAAUGGGCAGAGAUAGGGCGCGACCUCGGAUACAGCGGGAAGAUCAUGUCGUCUCUAUCAACAUCCCUCAAAAACUCUUACCAACGAUGGCUAUUCCCGUAUGAAGAAUACCUACGGCUGGCAAAACCGGGCGUUCACCAGCAGCUGGAGUACGAAUAUGGAGGCCCUCUUACUCCAUCUCCAGCGAACUCGCCACUAAAAAAGUCCUAUCAAAAUGCCCCAUCUAGUCUACGAGGGGACUCCCCAGCCGUCAGAGCGUCGGACGCGCUCAAUUCAUCUAUGAAGGACGAAUUCGAGAAAAAUAUGAAGAAUAUCCCUAUGCUCGAUGCGCCUGCCCCGACACCACCACCACCACCACAACCAGUUACCUCGGGAUUUACUCCCGUUAAUGCUGGUGGUUUCACACCGGUCAAUGCCGCACCAACUACCUUCGCGCCCGUAAAUGUGAGCAGGAGGGAUCGGGAAGAGCGGAGUUUUACGCCACCCAGACGACCACAAUUCGACAGCCCAAUGAGCUCCGCGAAGAACACGCCGGAAUAUCGCCCUUCUGCUCUCAGUUCGGCUCCCGUGGUAAAUGGCUUCACGUCAAAUCCGAUGCUCAAGAGGCGGUUAAGCCAUGACAGUAUUGAUUCGCGAUCCCGCAAAGGAAGCCAACCCCUUGAUGAUAGCGAAAAUGGAGGCAGACGUAGUAAGCGUCUCAAAAAAGAUGCUGUGCCGACUGUGGCUGGAUCGCACAUGACCUUAUUCCGACCAACGCCCCCAAGGAUCCCUGGGGAGCACCGUUCGGGGGCUCCUGGAGAGAAGUGCGAACAUUGCGGAAAGAAUGGCGACUCCGGGAACCUGUUGAUUUGCGAAUCUUGCGAUCAUAGCUAUCACAUGGGCUGCCUUGAUCCCCAGGUCUCACAGAAACCAGAUUACGACUGGCAUUGCCCCAGAUGCCUUGUGGGCGAUGGCCAAUUCGGAUUUGAGGAAGGCGGAAUAUACUCACUCAGACAAUUCCAACAGAAGGCAGCCGACUUCAAGGAGGGCUACUUCCAAAAUAAAAUGCCAUUCGACCCCGUCCUCAAUUGCCCGCGUCCGGUCACCGAAGACGAUAUCGAAAGAGAAUUCUGGCGGCUUGUGGCUAGUUUGGAGGAGACUGUUGAGGUCGAGUAUGGAGCAGACAUUCAUUCCACCACUCAUGGCAGCGGCUUUCCUACAAUUGAGAAGAAUCCUCAGGAUCCUUAUUCGACAGAUCCCUGGAAUUUGAAUAUUAUGCCAUACCACGCCGAUUCGCUCUUUCGACACAUCAAAUCCGACAUUUCCGGCAUGACCGUCCCCUGGCUCUACGUGGGAAUGAUCUUCUCGACUUUCUGCUGGCAUAAUGAGGACCACUACGCGUACUCAGCUAACUACCAACACUUUGGGUCAACGAAGACAUGGUACGGCAUCCCUGGAGAAGACGCCGAGAAGUUUGAAAAUGCUAUGCGUGAAGCGGUGCCGGAAUUGUUUGAGACUCAACCUGAUCUUCUUUUCCAGCUCGUCACACUCUUGACUCCUGAGCAACUGAAGAAGGCUGGUGUUAGAGUCUACGCCCUGGAUCAGAGAGCUGGCCAAUUCGUCGUUACCUUCCCACAGGCUUACCAUGCAGGCUUUAAUCAUGGGUUCAACUUCAAUGAGGCAGUUAACUUUGCUCCUAGUGACUGGGAGCCGUUCGGCGAUGCGGGUGUUGAGAGAUUGCAACAAUUCCGGCGGCAACCUUGCUUCUCACAUGACGAGCUACUGUUAACCGCGGCAGAAGGAUCCAACGGUGCAGUUUCAAUACAGACAGCAAAGUGGCUGUCGCCUGCGCUUGAACGCCUUCGAGAUCGGGAGAAUGCCCAAAGAAAACUCUUCGCUGACAAGCAUAAAGAACACGAAGGCCCUUGUGUAAUUGAUAGUGCUGAAGCUGCUGAUGCUCGCUGUCACCUAGGCUUCGUCAUUGACGAUGAGGAUGUGCCCGAAGAAGAGUAUCAAUGCGUAUACUGCAAGGCGUAUACAUACCUCUCUAGAUUCAAGUGCGAUAAUAGUGGUAAAGUCAUGUGCAUGCUUCACGCUGGCAACUUUGAAUGCUGCACCAUGUCUCCGGACCAGCUCUACGGGGGAAAGAAUCACACCUUGCAUUACCGCCGAACUGCAGAAUACAUCGAUACUGUUUGCCAGAAGGUUGCCGAGAAAGCGUCUCUGCCAGAGCAAUGGGAGGAGAAGGUGGAGAACCUGCUUGAAGACGAUCCAACCCCGCCACUCAAGACCAUACGAACACUUCUGAACGAAGGGGAGCGCAUCCCCUAUCCUUUAAAAUCAUUGCCAACAUUAAAAGCGUUUGUGGAAAGAUGCAACGAAUGGGUCGAUGAGGCAACAAAUUACAUUGUCCGGAAGCAACAAAAUCGUCGUAAGAACGAAAAGGCCUGGCGAAAGGGUAGCAAAGCAGCAGAAAUGGAGGAGCGGGACCGGGAGCUUCGAAAGGUCGAGAAUGUCAAAAAGCUCCUCAAGGAGGCUGAUAAGAUAGGAUUCGACUGUCCAGAGAUUACGCAGCUACGAGAACGAGCAGACGCCAUCGACAGUUUCCAGCGGGAUGCCCGAAUAGCGAUUUCCAAUGUUGUCUUGCGCCAAACACAAGAAUUUGAAGAUCUUCUCGAGCUCGGGCGAGGAUUCAACGUCGAUAUGCCGGAAAUUGAGAAGCUAGAUAAAAUUGUCCAGCAGAUGAAAUGGAAUGACCGUGCUCGCGACAACCGUGGCCAGUUUCUCAACCUCAAGGAAGUCCAAGAUCUUAUUGAAGAGGGUGUUAAGCUUGAAAUCCCAGAGUACAAUGAUUAUCUGAACCAUUACAAGGACCAGAGAAAUGCUGGUAUGGCAUGGGAAGCGAAGGCGAAGGAGUUGGUGAACGCUGAACUAGUGCAUUAUCCUCAACUUGAGGCAUUAUCUGCACAAGCCCAAGCAGCCGCACUUCCCGUGUCAGCGGAAACGCUAGCUCAAGUUGACCAAAUUCUCAAUAAGCAGCGAGAAGCACAUCGACAAAUUGUCUCGUUAUACGAGCGCAGCAGGAAUGAAGACUUCAGCAAACGACCCAAGUAUGCAGAAGUUCGCGAGACUAUGGAACACCUUACGGAACUAAAUAGCAAGCCAAAUGGAACUCUAGAUUUAGAAAAAGAGCAGAAGAGACACGAAGAUUGGAUGCGAAAAGGCAAGAAGCUAUUCGGCAAGGCAAAUGCUCCCCUACACAUUUUGAAAUCGCAUAUGGAGUACGUUCUCGAGCGGAACCUCGACUGCUUCGAUAUACAUGUGGAUAAGCCGAGAAUGCCAGCCGAGCCUGCUUCGCGGGAACCUAGUCCUUCUGAGGCAAAACUGCACAGUUGGGAGGAUCCCAGGUUUCGUGAGGUGUUUUGCAUCUGUCGUCGUACUGAAGCUGGAAUGAUGAUCGAGUGCGAACUUUGUCACGAGUGGUAUCACUGUAGAUGUCUUAAAAUCGCUCGGGGGAAGGUCAAGGAGGAGGAGAAGUAUACUUGCCCCAUCUGCGAUUGGCGAGUAUGUAUUCCUCGUGAUGCCGCGCGACCAAAGUUGGAGGAUUUAGAAGACUGGCAGAAUGAGGUUCCAGGUCUUCCUUUCCAACCCGACGAAGAAGAACUCCUCUACAAAAUCAUCGAAAAUGCUCGAGAGUUCCGACAUCAUGUUGCUCCAUUUUGUAACCCGGUUAUGGCAACUGCCGACGAAUGUGAGACGCAGCGUUUCUAUCUUCGCAAGAUUGAAGGAGCCGAGAUCCUGUUGGCGUAUGAGACGAACUUCUUCAGGCAUGAACUCCACAAAUGGUCUCCGGUUGCGCCCGACCCUCCUCCAGCAUUAGAGUCGUCGAAGUCAACUCGAAAACCCCGUCCAACAAAGCUUCAAAAGCUGAUGGCACAGCACGGCGUGGACGAUCCUGAACAGCUGCCCCAGAACCUUCGUACUAAGCCACAUAACUUCAACAAGCGUAAAUCCAGCGAGCCAUCAUCCUCUCGCCCUCAACCCCUUCAACCUGCUCCUGGACGAUCUGAUUCUGGGACGCCGACCUCUCAUACCUUUCCUGCCUCGGUCGCACCCAUGCAUGCCCUUGGGGGUCCGACUCUGUCAGGAAUCCCACCCGAGCAUGGCCACGCGCACCCUUCACACUUUGGGGGUUUUGCUGGUGUCCAGGAUCCUCACUUCAGCAUGAGCCCGCAGAAUAGCACUUCGCCCGCUUUUGCCCCACACGCAUUUCUGCAUGGAGGCGGGCUUCAAAGCCCACCUUUUGGUGGAACAGGCAGUCCAAGAGCAGCCGGAAUCUUCAAUGACGCAGGCUUUGGGCGGAUAGACUCUGUAGCACUUGGUGGCUCUGGUGGUGACAGUCCUAUGCGAGACGCCUUCACCGGUAGCGCUCAGGUUGCCAGCGGACCAGAUGUUCAACAGAUGUUCAACGACCUGACAAAUCAAACGGAUGAGGAUGAUAAGGGCGAGAAGCGGGUCGAUCGAGAGCCUGAACGCGAGAAAGAGAGAGACACGAAAUGGGGUGACGGGGACGAAGAUAUGGAGUUGUUUUUUGACGGACCUUGA